UCUUGUAGGAUGGGUUCACCCCCCUGGCCAUAGCCUUGCAGCAGUGUCAUAACCAGGUGGUUUCUCUCCUCCUGGAACAUGACACCAAGGGCAAGGUGAGGCUGCCUGCCCUGCACAUCGCUGCCCGGAAGGAUGACACCAAGGCAGCUGCCCUGCUGCUACAGAAUGACCACAAUGCUGAUGUUCAGAGCAAGAUGAUGGUUAACAGAACUACAGAGAAUGGGAAGAGUGGGUUUACCCCCCUGCACAUCGCUGCUCACUAUGGCAACGUGAAUGUCUCCACCCUCCUGCUCAACCGAGGGGCCGCCAUAGACUUCACCGCCAGGAAUGGGAUAACUCCUCUCCAUGUGGCCUCUAAGAGAGGGAACACCAACAUGGUAGCUCUACUGCUGGAUAGAGGAGCUCAGAUAGAUGCCAAGACCAGGGACGGCCUCACUCCUCUACAUUGUGCAGCGCGGAGUGGACAUGAUCCCGCCAUAGAACUGCUGCUGGAGAGAGGAGCACCCAUACUGGCUAGGACCAAGAACGGUCUCUCCCCCCUCCACAUGUCGGCCCAGGGAGACCAUGUGGAGUGCGUCAAACACCUGCUGCAGCACAAGGCGCCUGUUGAUGAUGUCACCCUGGACUACCUGACAGCGCUGCAUGUAGCCGCCCACUGUGGUCACUACCGAGUCACCAAGCUACUGCUGGACAAGAGGGCCAACCCCAACGUUAGGGCUCUGAAUGGGUUCACUCCACUGCACAUCGCCUGCAAGAAGAACCGGGUGAAGGUGAUGGAGCUGCUGGUGAAAUACGGAGCCUCUGUCCAGGCCGUCACGGAGUCUGGCCUGACCCCCAUCCACGUCUCAGCCUUUAUGGGUCACCUCAACAUGGUGCUGCUGCUGCUACAGAACGGAGCCUCGCCUGACAUCUGCAACAUCCGUGGUGAGACAGCGUUACACAUGGCGGCCCGUGCUGGUCAGAUAGAGGUGGUUCGAUGUCUCCUGAGGAACGGAGCUCUGGUCGACGCCAUGGCAAGAGAGGACCAGACCCCCCUCCACAUCGCGUCCCGUCUGGGGAAGACAGAGAUCGUCCAGCUGUUACUGCAGCACAUGGCUCAUCCCGACGCCUCCACUACUAACGGAUACAGUCCUCUGCACAUCGCUGCCAGGGAGGGACAGUUAGAGACCACCGCUGUGUUGUUGGAGGCUGGGGCUUCACACUCACUGGCUACCAAGAAAGGAUUCACUCCUCUACAUGUAUCAGCCAAGUAUGGAAGCCUGGAGGUGGCAAAACUCCUCCUGCAGCGCAAAGCUAUGCCUGACGACGCCGGCAAGAACGGUCUGACUCCGCUGCAUGUGGCAGCUCACUAUGACAACCAACAGGUGGCGCUGCUGCUGCUGGACAAAGGGGCGUCGCCCCACGCCACCGCCAAG